AUGACAGUCGCUUCACAACCGUUUCAGCUGCCUGCAAAGAGCGACGUUUAUAAUUUUGCUAGCUACGCUUUUUUUCUAUCGUUGACAAAAAUUUAACUCCUAAUAAUAAUAACAACAACAUUAACCAGUUGCUAAGAGCUAAUGGUUGAUGAUGUAGCGUAGCUUAAUUAGUUUUAGUCAAACUUCAGAUCAUUUUUUUUCCCACACAAAGUCUGGCACUUUGUCAUUAUUUUUGCCUUCAUUUUUCACUCUCCACAUCACUCAGCAGCUUGGUUUUGCUUUAAAUCCUCUGAAAACGUCACGUAAAGUAUUUUUGCAAGGUGCAAAGGUGCAGAAUUCGGCUGGAAAUCUGACACGAAUUUGAUCUCAUUUCAGGCGAAGCUGCUGUCAAGGCUUGUUUUUGUUUUUUUGACACUUCAUUUGGAAGAAGAAGGGAAAACUCCACUUGUUUAUUUUUAUUUUUAUUUUUUUUAAAUAUUUGUUCAUUUUUUUUCACUCGCACUUUAUCAUUUACACCGUGCUUUAUUUUUUUAAAUUAAAAAAAAAAAAUUUUUGGCAGCUUGGAAAAAAAUCAAAUAAAAUACAGCCCAUAAAUUAGCAGCACGGGUCGGAUUAGCUUCGGAGCUAGCUCGCUGUUGACACGUCAUUUGGGAACCAACACUAGAUUUACUAUUUAAAAAUAUAUAUAACUACUUUUCUUUAAAAACUAAAACAUUUUUUAAAGACAUUUACCUCACAAAAACAUUUUUUCCUCAUGCUGUCACUGAGCUAGUUUUUGUUUUGUGUUUUUUUUUUUUUAAUAACCGACACGGACGGACGCGCGCGCGCGCACCACCAUUUUCCCUACUCUUUAUUUUUUAUUACCUACAUUUUUUUAUUCUUUAUUUCAUAACUAACAGCGGUUGUUAUUGUUGAACAUGGCGGCCAUCGGGAUGGUGCAGAUGUUGAUCGAAGCUGCUGAGUAUCUUGAUCGUAGAGAAAGAGAAGCAGAGCACGGGUACGCCUCAACGUUACCGUUCACCAGCCACAAAGACAGGGACGGCUCCAAGCGGAAAAAUAAAAGCAAGAAAAAUUGCAGCAGCAGGUCUACGCAUAACGAGAUGGAGAAGAACAGGAGGGCACAUUUACGGCUAUGUUUGGAACGCUUGAAGUCCCUGGUGCCUCUGGGACCAGACUCCAACCGGCACACCACCCUCAGCCUACUAAUGAAGGCCAAGGAUCACAUCAAGCGGUUGGAGGAGAGCGAGAGGAAGGCACAGCACACAAUAGAUCAUCUGCAGCGGGAGCAGAGGCACCUGCGCAGACGGCUGGAGCAGCUGGGGGUGGAGCGCACGCGCAUGGACAGCAUGGGGUCCACCUUCUCAUCGGACAAAUCAGACUCUGACCAAGAAGAGCUGGACGUGGAUGUUGAUGUGGACGUGGAGGGUACAGACUACCUGCUGGGAGAUCUGGAGUGGAGCACCAGCAGCGUGAGCGACUCAGACGAGCGAGGCAGCCUGAGGAGCAGCUGCAGUGAUGAAGGCUACUCCAGCCACGUCAGCCUGCGCCGCCUCGCCACCACUCAGGAGAAAACUCUAAGUCUAUAAGAGCACACCCACUCCCACCUGACCUCCACCACCACCACCUCCACCUCUCUCACUCGACCCAUCUCCAGCGCCAGAGCGCCACCACGUGAGCUACGUAUCCGACGUUCCAGAGCAAGAGCGCCGGCGGUCUUUCUUGUCUCUUACCCUGCGACAUCCUGACCAAAACCAAGCUCCGAGAACGAAGAAACAUAAAGCAGCCUCACGUAUCCGCUCCUCCUACACCUUCCCACCUUCAUCGUUCGACCAGCCUCAGAGGACGUCCGUCCGAGUCGUCCGAUCAGAUCCUCCCUACCUCGCUUCCGUCCUCUCCUCUUCCUCUUCCUCCUCCAACCAAACACUUGUGUUCUUAUCGCACCAGAGAAUGUUUCUCAUUGCCACACCCACUGCCUACGCCAGCCCCCAUCCGCCUUCCACAUAUCCACCAAUCAGAUCAGGACGUUCCAGACACAGGGCUAGGUCACCUGACCGGUCAGCUGACCUAUCACAGCAUGGAAUUUUGCACUUCUACGCAGCGCAGCCUCUCGGUGUAAGCCGGCCCCCUUCGCCGCCGAUCUGAGAGUUUUUCUUCUUUUUUUUUCACCCCGAGAUCAGCGCCAGAAGGUCGGCUUUUACCAAAGAUCACACAGCAGGAAUGUUUAGGGUUUUUUUUAUUUUUUUAUUAUUAUUCCUUUUAUGUUUUUCUUCAGAUCACAAAAAACAUAUACAGCAGCAACAACAACAUAAAAAAAAGAAAGAAGAGGGAGAAAGGUGAACCGUCAUCAUCACCGUCAUGGUCAUCGUCGUGGUCAUCAUCGUGAUCGACUCCUCGCUCCUCUGGUCUCCAGAGGGAUCGCAGCUACUCUAGUUCCAGUAUCAGGUGUAGUCUUUAAGCUAGUCUUAAAUAAAGAUAAUAAUCUUCCUGCACUGUUCCAGCGUCCAACCAAUCUGCUCGACUCCCUACCCAACCACCACCGAGCCCUGGGGGCGGUUACCUAGCAACGGUGUGACGCGAUGUCGUUCUCUUCGGCUCGAUUCCCGCCAAUCAUUGCUAGCAAGACCGAACGCUAAUAUCUAACGCCGUUUGCACGAGGAGUUCGGGAUCAGGGCAGUAAAAGGUCGGCAUUACGAUCCGAAUGUAACUAAUGUCCAGCAGGGACACAUCAUUUUAAAAAAAAAAAAAAAAAGACUGCUAGGAGACAUCAUCUGGACGUUUCGGUGCUGCUGAUGAUGACAUGGCACCUUGAUACUUUGUUCGUUUGUUUGUUUUUCUUUUUACACAAUAAAUUGUCAACGUGAGGAAGGUAUCGCAUCACAGCAUGAGAUUGUGGCGAGAAUUCGACUCGUUCCGUCUCUUCCUCUGCUCUAAGGACAGUGGCCUGGGUGUGGUCAGUUAUUUUUAUUUUAUUUUUUAUUUUUUUCCCUCCCUGAAAGAAAAGGAACCAAGCACAUUCCACUAGCAAACAGGAAGUCAGUUAGCAUUAUUACUAUUAUUAUUAUUAUUAUUAUUAUUAUUAUUAUUAUUAUUAGUGCUCGGAUUUAUAGGAAGGUGAGAAAAAAGGGCUUUGUUUUUGACCCAACAGGGCUGACCUCCUUUCUCUCUGACCGUGUGUGUGUGUGCGUGUGUGUGCAUGUGUGUGCGUGUGUGUGUGUCCUUCUCUACCGAAACUGUUUAUCUUUUCAACACAUUUUAUGUACAUAGUUUACAAGAAAUCGAUCUAUCUAUACACCUAUACGUAUCACAAAGUAUUUAUUUAAUCCAAAUAAAUGUCACAGAUAAAUAUUUAGGUUAUAUAUAUAUAUAUAUAUAUAUAUAUAUAUAUAUAUAUAUAUAUAUAUAUAUAUAUAUAUAUAUAUAUAAAACAAAAAGAAAGGAAAAAAAGAGAAGAGUCUAUUUAAAGUCAUCAUUUCUUUAGUGGCUUCAGUUUAGUCCCAGUGGGUUUUAUCCUUCUCCUUAUUAUUAUUAUUAAUAUUAAUAUUAAUAUUUUCUCUCUCUCUCUCGUUCUUAAAGUCGUCGUUUUUAUUUUGCACAGAUGAUCUACAGAGUGUAAGGACAUGGAUUUAGAGCGCUGUUGUAUUUAGACUAUAUUUGUGUACUUCCCCAAAUGACCUUGUGCUGUUUUCUGGCUGUUAAACGUGUUGGAGUCUUCGCUUUCGUUUUUGAGAAACCGAUCUAAAUACAGAUAUAUAAAUCUAUAUAUAUAUAUAUAUUGAGAAAGAGAAAUAAAACCUGCGUUAGAAGGGGGGGGGCGAGCUAUUUAUAGGAACGUAGUUAGUUGGGUGGUGAAGUCGUGGCGAUGGUCGUCAGGGAAAAGCAUGUCGUCGCAUGACACGGAAACGAGCGCCCAGCCUCCGAGGCGUCCGAAUGUAGACGUAGAGUUUUAUUUAUUUAUUUUUUAUCACGAAAAAAAAUACAAAAAAAAUACCACGGACAACCUUAGCGACCCGAAAGGAAUGCACCAAAAAAAAAACUUUAAACGAAAAGAAACUUUAACAAAAAAAUAUAUAUCUAUAUAUGUAGGAUUAUAUGUUUAAUAUGUGGAAUUUUUAAUCACUUUAUAAAAACCGCCUUUCCAAAAAAAUAUAAAUAAAUAAAUAAACAAAAAAAAAUAAUGUAGCGUGAUUGAGAUGUAGCGACGAGACGUGAAGUGAUUGUGAAACCGGGGAAGGUGUGUGUGUGUGUGUGUGUGUGUGUGGUCACUGUCUGCAGACGGAGAGAAAGGGUCUCGGACGAGGGUUUGGUUUUUUUAUUCAAAGCCAUGUGUAUGGACAUGGUCUUGUUUUUGUUUAUGAGUAAAAGGUACAAAGGUACUAUUUCCUUCCCAGCGUCUAAGAACCACAAUAGUGGUUACACACACACACACGCGCACACACACACACACACACGGUUAAAUCCUGCCUGCCUUUUGAUGACUCCCAUAUCCUUUAUUGUACUUUAUUUGUGAUGUGUGUGUGUGAGCGUUUCGUCUCUCUGCCCUCCUUUGACACCAGCGCAGAGAGAGAGAGAGUAAAGAAACUCUGGAACAUUCUGUGAAAGACUUAAAAGAGGGGGGAAAUAAAAGGGGCGUGUUUGAGUACCGCAGGUAUUUUUUUCCCACCCAUUCUGUGCAGAUUUGCGAAUCAUAAUCAUCAGCUGAAAUGCACAGGAUUUGCACAAACGUCCCUGCGAGGCUCGAGCGCGCCCCCGGGUGCUGACACACACAUUCGCCGUUUUGCUCGAGAACAAACCCGCCUCUUUUCUUUUUCUUCUUUCUCAUUUUUCUUUCCAUUUUUGAAACUCCUGUGCCACCUUCAACCCCGCAGCUAGCGUCCAGGGUGGUGAUGGAUGUUUGCACUUCUCCCCAGAGUUCUGAACUCUUCAUACCAAAACGGCUAAAGCCUUAACCGCGCGCAGACGUACGGACACUUAAAGCAACCAACCAACCAACGGCGCGUGUACGAUCUGUUUCGGAAAAAGCAAACCCAUCGCAGAGUCAUUCCCACUGAUUGUGACUGUGUCUCAGGUGUGUUCUCCUACUAACCAGACACACACUUAAACAAAAAAACAAGCUACUGCCUCUAGGACAGCUACACGUGUUUUUGUUUUCUUUUUUUGCGUUCGAUGGAAACGGGACGUUUUUAUGCUGUUACUUUUGUUCGAAACAGAAACGCAGGAUGUUCGGAUGUCGCCUACUCGAUCGCGGUUGAAAAAACCAACGGAGAAGUAAAAACAUCAGCAACACUAUCUACAUGUACUGAGUUUGUUACUCUUUGCUAGUAACAUCUGAAAUAAUAAUAAUAAAAAAAAAAACAUGCAAAAAACAACA